AGUCCUUUUUUCGGACAAAAGUGUCAAUAAACAUAAACUAUGGAUUGGUGCCUCGCACACACUGUGACGUCACUGCUGUCACCUCGCUGCGUCUGCGCAUGCGUGUGCCUGGCCGUGUUUAUGUUUGUGUGCUCGUGCGUGAGUCUGCUCAACAGGACGCGUUUGUUGCGGCUUCUACGGACCAAACCCACCGAGGGCGACAUGGCGGCGGCCGCACCGAGCUCGGAGGACGCGGGCCGAAGCGGCAGCAGCGCGGGGGGAAGCGGUACGGCCAGCGGCCUGAGCGCGGACGGAGACUCCGAGGAGGCCGAGGAAUUCACCUCCUCGAGCCACUGCUCGGAGCUGUCGCGGCGCCAGAAUGAGCAGCGGAAACACGGGCUCUUCUGUGAUGUUACUUUAGCCUUCAGUAGCGGGGCGAUCCGUGGAGAAAGUGACACCUGCUUUGAACUGAUGGCGCAUCGCUCCGUGUUGUCUGCGGCAACUGACUACUUCUCCCCGUUGCUCGGUGGUCAGUACUCCGAAUCCGAGUCUGGGCGCGUGGAGAUGAAGGAGUGGAGCUCGGAAACGGGUCCGGACCAGGACACGGUAGAGAGCGUCAUUCAGUUCAUGUACACGGGAGAGAUCCGCGUGAGCACUGCUAAUGUCCAUGAAGUGCUGGAGCUCGCGGACAGGUUCCUGCUGGUCCAUCUGAAGGAGUUCUGUGGUGAGUUCCUGAGGCGUAAGCUGAGCCUGGGGAACUGCGUGGCCGUGCACAGCCUGGGCCACAUGUACAGUCUGGAGCGCCUGGCCUCGCGCGCCGCAGAGCUCAUCAGACGCCACUUCCAGCAGGUGGCGCUAGACGAGGAGUUCCUGACGCUGCCGUUCCACCUGGUGCGGGACUGGCUGGCCGACGCUGAGGUCACCGUGGAGACGGAGGAGGUGCUGUUGGAGGCGUUGGUGCGCUGGGUGCGUCGGGACGAGUCGGAGCGCGAGCGCUAUUUCCUGGAGCUGCUGCGUCUGCUGCGCCUGCCCCUCAUGCGGCCGAGCUUCCUGCUGCGCGCGCUCCGCAGCGAGCCCCUGGUGGCCAACAGCGCCCCCUGUCUGCAGCUGCUGGUGGAGGCGGUGGAGUUGCACGCUCUGCAGGGCGAGGGCCCCAAGAUGGCCACCGGCGCGGAGACGGGCCCCUCGCUUCUGCCGGCCUGCCAGCCGCGCUUCGGACAGAACAUGGACGUCAUCAUGGUCGUGGGCGGGGUCUCGGAGGGCGGGGACUACCUGAGCGAGUGCGUGGGCUACUUCCUGGAGGAGGAGCGAUGGGUCAACCUGCCGCACAUACACAACCACCUGGACGGACACGCCCUGGCUGUCACCGCGACGCACGUCUACGUAGCAGGUUCCAUGGAGCCGGGAUUUGCCAAGACGGUAGAACGCUACAGCCCUGCCAGGAAUACCUGGGAACAGGUGAGUAGUCUCCCCACACGCAAGCACAGCUUCGGCCUCACGUGUGUGCGAGACGCCCUCUACAGCAUUGGUGGCCAUGGCAACUUCAGCCCGGGCUUCAAGGACGUGAGCGUGUACGAGCCUGAGCUGGACCGCUGGCUGAGCCUGGAGUCGGCGCCCCGCAUCCUGCGCGACGUCAAGGCCAUCAGCGUGGAGGACCGCUACGUGUACGUCACCGCUCGCACGCCCGUCGACACCGACAACGAGGACGGCCUGAAGACGGUGACCACGCGCUACGACGCGGACAGCCGGCAGUGGACCGAGGUGGACGCGCUGCCGCUCAUCGAUAACUACUGCGCCUUCCAGAACGCCGUCGCCCCAAGCAACUUCUACCACACGGCGUCGUGCUGCCCACGGAGCUACCGCCAGGUCAGCGACGAGGAGGCGCGCCUCAAGGGCAGCGGCCGUAACCAUGACGACCACGAGGUCAGCGACGAGGACGCUCGCCUGAAGGGCAGCGGCCGCGUCCAUGACGACCUGCUGGACAGCCUUCCGCCUGAGGUCACGGGCAUCGAGGGCGCCGCCAUCUGUUACCUGGACGACGACGUGUUUGUCAUCGGCGGCUGGAAGAACAGCGAUGACGUGGACAAGCAGUACCGUCGCGAAGCGUACCGUUACUGCGCCCUACGCAAGCGCUGGACGCUGCUUCCUCCCAUGCCGCAGGCCCGUUGCCGGGCGACCGCGUGCCACGUGCGCAUCCCGUACCGCUUCCUGUGCGGCGCCCAGCGAUACCCGAUGCCCCAGAACCUGGCGCGCCAACGAGACCGCAUGCAGCAGAUGCAGCAGCUGCAUCGACGUACUCUCACCCUGCGCAGACAACUGCAGUCUCAGAUCGAGUGCUGAACACACACACACACACACACACACACACACACACACACACACCCUGCGCAGACAACUGCAGUCUCAGAUCGAGUGCUGAACACACACACACUCACCCUGCGCAGACAACUGCAGUCUCAGAUCGAGUGCUGAACACACACACACACACACACACACACACACACACACACACACUCACUCACCCUGCGCAGACAACUGCAGUCUCAGAUCGAGUGCUGAACACACACACACCCUGCGCAGACAACUGCAGUCUCAGAUCGAGUGCUGAACACACACACACACAAACACACUCACCCUGCGCAGACAACUGCAGUCUCAGAUCGAGUGCUGAACACACACACACACACACCCUGCGCAGACAACUGCAGUCUCAGAUCGAGUGCUGAACACACACACACACACUCACACACACACUCACACACACACUGCGCAGACAACUACAGUCUCAGAUCGAGUGCUGAACACACACACACACACUCACACACACACUCACACACACACACACACUGCACAGACGAUUACAGUCUUGGAUCGAGUGCUCAGCUCCCCCAAUCACACAUACACACACACACACACUCACACACACACGUCUGCUCCAACACCAAUAACAGUGUCCAUUCUGUGAACGUAACCAUGGGAGUCCAGCCUGUUGGUAUGGUAACCAGGGGAGUCCAGCCUGUUUGUUGGAGGGCAGCAUCAUGUGUAAAUAUUCUCUAACCCUCCACAUUCCACUGCUGAGACACCUUAGAUGAACACUUCCUGCUUCUGCAGAUGAAUACUUCCUGCUUGGGUUCUAGGGCUUGUUUGGGGUUAAUCCUUGGGUUUUAGGGUUCUAGGGCUUGUUUGGGGUUAACUCCUGGGUUCUAGGGCUUGUUUGGGGUUAACUCCUGGGUUCUGGGGUUCUAGGGCUUGUUUGGGGUUAACUCCUGGGUUCUAGGGCUUGUUUGGGGUUAACUCUUGGGUUCUGGGGUUCUAGGGCUUGUUUGGGGUUAACUCCUGGGUUCUAGGGCUUGUUUGGGUUCUCUGUAUUGCCCUCUCUGAGGUCAUAAACUGCUCUGAUGAACUGCUCGCCUGUAGGAGCUGAAACAAACUCUUUGUGCAUUAUGAGCUCUGAAGAUGCCUCUACACACAUACACACACACACACACACACACACCCCUUACAGACACCGCACACACACACACACACACACACCCCUUACAGACA